AUGCUUAAAACAUUCUUUCCAUCUUGGUAUAAGAAACCCAUCAUACCUGCCGAAGAAAUUCCCAAUAAAUUUAUAACCCGUGAAGAUAAGCAGGCAGUUCAAUACACGAUGAACGAUAAGGAUUCAUUCGUCGAUAUAAAUUAUAAAAAGCUUAGUUACGCCGAGGUUGCAGCGUUAUCCAAGGGCAAACCAAUGGUCAGUAAGGUCAAAAAGACCCUGAAACCCACCAAACAUACAAAUACAAACUAUAAGAUUUUGACCACUUUGGAUAACGACGAUGACCUCGGUGAAUCGGUCAUUUUGCCCGAGAAGUUCAAAUCUGACAUCCACUACAAGAAAAGCAAGCAAUUCAAACAGCCUACCAGAAAGAAGAGUAAUAAUGCAGUAGCUGUCUAA